CAUAUGAGUGUUUUUGUUUGUUUUGUUUUAUUUUGUUUUGUUUUGUUUUUCCCUGUAUGAGCUACUUUAGUUCAGUUUUGUAAUAAAUUAUGUCAUCUGUCACAGAUAACGGGAAUUGUAACGACAUAACUGUACCACUGGAUAAGGAGCAUCCGCGUCUCCUCAUCCCUGAGCUGUGCAGACUCUUCUAUCAGCUCGGAUGGGUGACAGGAACAGGAGGUGGAAUAAGCCUUAGACAUGGGGACCACAUUUAUAUCGCCCCAUCUGGAGUUCAGAAGGAAAGAAUACAGCCAGAGGACAUGUUUGUGUGUGAUAUUGAGGAACGGGACAUCAGCACUCCUCCUGCAUGCAAGAAACUAAAGAAGAGCCAGUGCACGCCACUGUUCAUGAAUGCGUAUACCAUGAGGGGAGCCCAAGCGGUAAUUCAUACACACUCGAAGGCUGCUGUGAUGGCCACUUUGCUGUUUCCUGGCAAGGAGUUUCGCAUCACACACCAAGAGAUGAUCAAGGGGAUUCGUAGAGGAAAUUCGGGCUCCAAUUUCAGGUACGACGAGACACUGGUGGUGCCCAUCAUUGAGAACACGCCAGAGGAGAAGGACCUGAAGGAGCGCAUGGCCAGAGCUAUGGAGGAGUACCCAGAUUCCUGUGCUGUGCUCGUCAGACGGCAUGGAGUCUACGUGUGGGGAGAGAGCUGGGAGAAAGCCAAGACCAUGUGUGAAUGUUAUGACUACCUGUUUGACAUUGCUGUGCAGAUGAAGCAGUGUGGUUUAGACCCAGCCGCACUUCCCGCUGAAGCUAAAGGCAUUAUUUAAUCUGACUCACUGCUGACGUCUGGAUGACGCUCACUUUCUUUUAGAGAAGCAGACAAUGAGGCACAAAUUGAAUACUGGUAAUCAGAAAGAUUCUGUCUCCACCAAUCAGAUAUCAGCUGGCAUGAUGUGUCAUACUUGUUACAAAUGUUAUUAUGAAUAUUUCAUAAUUAAGGAUAAUAAAGCAAUAUCUGAUUAA